CAGUACAGAGUAAAGUGUCACAGCUACAGAGAAAGUGUAGUGCAGGUAGACAAUAAGGUGCAAGGUCACAGCAAGGUAGAUCGUGAGGUCAGAGUCCAUCUCAUAAGGGAACCAUUCAAUAGUCUUAUCACGGUGGGGUAGAAGCUGUCCUUAAGUCUGGUGGUGCGUGCCCUCAGGCUCCUGUAUCUUCCACCUUCUGUCUACAGUCGACCAAUCGUCUUCUGGCCCCAGUCUCACCCCUCCAGCUAUCUUCCAUCCCCUCCACCCUCAGCCCUGAUGCAGGGCCCAGAUGCUGCCCGACCCACCGAGUUCCUCCGGCCACCUUCCUUGGGUGCCUACUUAAAACGCCCCAGGUCAUCCCUCUUUCAAGCAUUCCCUGCCUGGCUUCUCCCUCCCGUCCCCUCUCCCCGUCCUUGCUCCAGGGAUCCUCCUCGUCGGGAAUCCCCCCGAUCCCUGGCGCCCUUGCCCCGACUCCAGGAUGCCUACGUCACAUUCCGAUGGUCCAAUUAGGAGCCCCGCCCUCUCGGAGCUGUCCCGGCAAACUCAGCACCUGUGGCGAGAAUAGGCCGCUUUCAGUCGCGCUAGGAAUACUGGGACGGUGCCUGCUCCAUAUCUUUUGGAGCGCAGCGGGCAGGCUGCAAGAGAAACAGAACAUCUAGGAAGAGUAGUCAGAGAAAGGAAGACAGGAGGAACGAACGAACGAACGAACGAACGAAAGAAAGCUAUAGAGCCCUGGAGCGUUUUGAUCUACAGGGGCGAUUGGGUGAAUUGGUGGUGCUGGGAGAUUCAGCCUUGAUAUCCGCUCCUGCACAUCUGCUCGGAGCCAACCUGCGAGAAUUAAAGUUACGGAGCAUUCGAGGAAAGUCAAGGACGUGAACGGGAGGACCGGCGAGCGAGAGUACAGAGAGAAAAGGAACCAGCAUCUUAUGGUCGAGGAAAGUCAGCGACCGACCCGCGCCUCUCCCUCGCUGUAAAAUGACCACCGGUCAGAAGCCGAAACGACCGGCAAAAGAAGGCAGGAUUGCAGAACUGGAACCGGGCGUUGAGGAUCUGACACCCAACCUGGACAGAGGGGUGCUGAAGGUUGUCAAGAAGGCAGGAGCUGAUGGCGAGUCUCCUAUGAUUGGAGAUAAAGUGUUUGUCCAUUACACUGGGACCCUGCUGGAUGGAAGAAAAUUCGAUUCAAGUAGAGACAGAAAUGAACAAUUUGUCUUUGAUCUGGGGAAAGGCCAAGUGUUAAAAGCAUGGGACCUGGGAGUGGCUUCAAUGAAGAAGGGGGAGAUCUGUCAGUUGAUCUGUAAGCCAAACUAUGCCUAUGGGACUGCUGGCAGUCCACCUGAAGUCCCUUCAAACUCUACGUUACUCUUUGAGAUUGAACUAAUAGACUUCAAGGGGGAGGAUUUAACAGACCGGGAAGACGGAGGCAUCAUCCGUCGGAUUAAAAAGAAAGGGCAAGGCUAUUCCACCCCCAAUGAAGGAGCUACAGUGGAAGUUUAUGUGGAAGGACGAUGCAACGGUGCGUUGUUUGACCAGCGUGAGGUUAAGUUUGUGGUCGGAGAAGGGGAAGAUCAAGAUAUUCCCAUAGGAGUUGACAAAGCUUUAGAGAAAAUGCAGAGAGGAGAGCAUUGCAUUCUUCACCUGAAGCCUAGAUAUGGAUUUGGAGAUGUCGGGAAACUAGGCUUCAACAUUCCACCAAACUCAGAACUAGACUAUGAGGUCUUGCUGAAGAACUUUGAAAAGGCUAAAGAAUCCUGGCAAAUGGAUACCCGUGAGAAGCUGGAGCAAGCAGCUAUUGUCAAGGAGAAGGGAACAUCCUACUUUAAGCGUGGCAAAUAUGAGCAGGCCCAGAUCCAGUAUAAGAAGAUCGUGCUGUGGCUGGACCAGGCAUAUGGCCUGACGGAAGAGGACAAUCAGAGCGCCAAGGCCCUAGUUUUAGCAGCGCAUCUCAACAUGGCAAUGUGCUGUCUGAAACUGAAUGAGUUUCUGAAGGCUAUGGAGAGCUGUGACAAGGCAUUAGAGAUUGACAGAGUGAACGAGAAGGCACUGUACAGACGUGGAGAGGCAAGACUAUCGGUUAAUGAGUUCGACCUGGCAAAGGCGGACUUCCAGAAAGUGCUUCAGGUCAACCCUGAUAACAAGGCCGCAAAGACUCAGCUUGUCAUGUGCCGGAAGAGGAUGAAGGAGCAUCAUGAGAGGAACAAGAAGAUUUAUGCUAAUAUGUUCCAAAAGUUUGCAGACAGGGACUUAAAGGGAAGAAAUGGCAAAUCUUCCAGGAAGAAAGAAAGCGAUAUAUUUAAAGAUGUGGAAGAGGAUUCGCCUGAAGAAAAAAAAACAAGAGAAGCAGCAUGAAGGGGAGAUGUGCGAGUCUGAAGAAUGAAACAUUUGGUAUCUAAGUAGGCCCCAAGUUGCAUCCCAGCAAUACUGUGCCGAACAGUGCCCCAUUUUAAGAGUGCAAGGAGCUAUUUUCUGCCAAAAAAAAGGAACAAAAAGAUCAUUAUAGCUGGAGAUUUCCACAAGUACAAUGAGAGCUGUUAGUUGCAGACUCCCCAGGAAGCCAUAGUAGAUCUUCAUAAUCUUGAGUGAAAAUAUUUUUCCUAACUCUGAGCAUUCCAGAAUCAACCACAAAUAAACAUAAUAAUCCUCCUCCUCCUCUGGUUUUUGAUAUUAGUCCUUGAAUGAAGUGAACAAACAGGCAUGAGAUUAGGUUCUGUAGUUCUGGUGUAACUUUCUGCAUCAACUUUACAAAGAAUUCAGUCUCAAGAUGACCCUCCCUGGAGUAAAAGAGUAACCUUCUGAAUGAGGUGAACAGUCUUUCCCUUGUGUCGUUCAUUCCAUGAUAGAGGAUCAGGCUUCUUAAGAACUGUUCUUUAUAAACAGGCUAGUUUCUCCAUCACUGCCCCCAUCCUUCCUACAGGCGUGCCCAAGUUCCCUCCCGAGGGAUCCAUCCCUCACCGUCCAAUCGUGGCAGGGUCUUAGACUGUGGUCAUUCCCCACAGAGCCUUUGCAGUGGCUGCAGUGCAUCCCUUUUCAGUGUACCUGCAAAGAAUGUCCUCACUGGCAGGGCCAAUGGAACUCCAAGAAGUAACUGUGGAUGGUGAAAUAUCUGAGAAACUUCUGUUUUUAAUUCAUGCUUGAGUACUGUGUAGGUUUCUUAAUAAAAAAAUCUUGUUUCAUAC